AUGACUCGCGGAAAUCAGCGGGAAAAGGCAAGAGAGAAGAAUCUGGCGGCGCAAGGGGCUGCGAAGAGCAAGAACACCCAGAGUGGUACCGAGUUUGCGAGAACAAAGGAGGCUCAGGCCGCAAUAAUGCGCGAGAAACAAGCCAAAGCUGAGGCGAAAGCAAAAGAGGGCGGAGCUGCGCCGAAGAAGAAAUAG